GUCGGACUAAAAUCUCAUCUUCUUCUCCUCUUUUUCUCCCCUUUUUUUUUUAAACCCAAAUUGAAUCCCCCAAAUUUCAAUCCCUCUUUUUGAUUUCUUCUUCAAAUUAACAAGAAGAAAUGCAGCAUCAACAGAGGAUGAAACAACAACAACAACACCAGCAGCAACAAUUGAUGCAACAAGUUCUUCUUCAACAACAACAGCAGCAACAAUCUAUGUUUCAUCCUGCUCUCUUAGCUCCUCCCCCAAUAGAGCCAAUCCCAAGUGGAAAUCUACCUCCUGGUUUUGAUUCGAGUACAUGCCGCAGUGUGUAUGUGGGCAACAUUCACUUUCAGGUUACAGAACCACUUCUACAAGAGGUUUUCGCAAGCACUGGUCCCCUUGAAGGAUGCAAGCUCAUCAGGAAAGAAAAGUCCUCGUAUGGGUUUGUUGACUACUUCGACCGCAGAUCUGCCGCACUUGCUAUUUUGAGUCUAAAUGGGAGGCAUUUGUUUGGGCAACCUAUUAAGGUAAACUGGGCCUAUGCCAGUGGUCAGAGAGAGGACACUUCAGGUCACUUCAAUAUUUUUGUUGGUGACCUUAGCCCUGAGGUUACAGAUGCUACCCUAUUUGCGUGCUUCUCGGUUUAUUCUAGUUGUUCAGAUGCAAGAGUUAUGUGGGAUCAGAAGACUGGGCGUUCGAGAGGGUUUGGUUUUGUUUCUUUCAGGAAUGAACAGGAAGCCCAAAGUGCAAUAAAUGAUUUGACUGGAAAGUGGCUUGGCAGCAGACAGAUACGGUGUAACUGGGCAACAAAAGGUGCUGGUGUCAACGACGAUAAACAGAACUUUGAUGCUAAAAGCAUGGCAGAACUCUCGAAUGGAACUUCAGAUGAUGGUCAAGAGAAGAAGAACGAAGAUGCUCCUGAAAAUAACCCACAAUACACCACAGUUUAUGUGGGCAACCUUGCUCCCGAGGUUACCCAGCUUGAUCUCCACCGCUUUUUUCAUGCUCUUGGAGCUGGAGUACUUGAAGAAGUUCGUGUCCAACGAGAUAAAGGGUUUGGUUUUGUGAGAUACAGUACCCACGAAGAAGCAGCUAUGGGCAUUCAGAUGGGCAAUGCUAACAUGCUCUACGGCAAGACAAUUAAGUGCUCAUGGGGUAGCAAACCCACUCCACCAGGAACAAUUUCCACCCCUCUCCCUCCUCCCGCUGUUGCUGCUGUCUCUCCCUAUCCCAGUCUUUCAACUGCUGACUUGUUGGCAUAUGAAAGACAGCUGGCAAUGAGCAAGAUGGGUGGCCCCCAAGCCGCCCUAAUGCACCACCACCAUCAUCAAGGUCAACACGCUCUUAAACACGCACAAUUGGGUAUGGGAGGAAGCCAGGUAAUGUAUGAUGGUGGAUAUCCGAAUGUAGCUGCUGCCCAGCAACUCAUGUAUUACCAGUAAGUGAUUCCCAGGCAGACAUUAUAUACCCCGGAUUCUUCUUUUCUGCAGUUGCAGUUGAAUCUAGGUUCUAUGCUAAUUUAGAUAUAGCCUUCUAUUUAAGCUGGUUUUUAUCCUGGACUAAGUUAAGGUGUUUGUCUAUCAAUGUAUGAAGUGAUGUUUUCACCAUUUCUAUGGAUAUAUUGUGUGUAGAUUUUUUAUAUUUUCUCUUAGGGAUUGGUAACUGGGAGUUGCCAUUCCCCUGGUUAGUGAUCUUAUAUGUGUUUUUCCAUUCAUAGUAGUACUGUGAUAUUAGUUAAUCUCGGACUUGAUCAUUUCCUC